CAUGUCCCGCUCGGAGGAGGUGAACCGGCUCACGGAGAACGUUUACCGGGCAAUUCUCGAACAAUUUAAUCCCAGUCUAAGGAAUUUUGUUACUAUGGGAAAGAACUAUCAAAAAGCACUCUCAGGAGUUACAGUGGCCGCUAAGGGCUACUUUGAUGCCUUGGUGAAACUCGGUGAGUUGGCCAGUGACAGCCAAGGAUCCAAGGAACUGGGUGACACAUUAUUCCAAAUGGCAGAGGUUCACCGGCAGAUCCAGGUACAACUGGAAGAGACGCUGAAGCUUUUCCACUCGGAGUUGUUGUCCCAGCUGGAACACAAACUGGAACUCGAUAUCAAGUAUCUGAUGGCCACUUUGAAAAAAUACCAAGCCGAACACAGAGCCAAAGCAGAGUCGAUUGAAAAGUGUCAAGCAGAGCUGAAGAAGCUACGCAAGAAAUGCCAGAACAGCAAAAACCCACAGAAAUACGGGGAUCGUGAGGUGCAGUACGUGGAGGUCAUGAGUACCAAACAAAGUGAGCUGGAUAGGUUUGUGGCUGAAGGUUACAAGGCAGCCCUGACAGAGGAGAGGCGCCGGUACUCCUUUCUGGUGGAUCGUCAGUGUGCUGUCUCCAAACAUUUUAGCAACUAUCACUCUAAGGUACGAGAGUUGCUGGCUGCCAAGUUGCCCAUCUGGCAGGCCUCAUGCACCCAACCCACCCGCUUACCUGAGCGAGCUCUAGCCCUGGUCAAGCUGACAGCCAGUAACCUGUCUUGUGGGGCUCCAAGCCCAAUCUCGGACCCCCUCCCUGGCUCUAAGACCUUGGAAGAGCUGUCAGAGCUAGUGGCAAACCAUCGUGCCUCAGUCCAGGAAGUGACACCACUGCCAAAUGGCGACUCACACCGUAGUCGGGGAUCUCGCGAUUCGGGCCAUCCUCCAGCUAACGACCUCACUGCCAUCACCUCCAGUCUGUCACCCACACAAACCACAGAGACUCCUCCACAGACCAAGACUCCCGAUAGCUACUCCUGUACCUUGCCAAUGCCACGCAAGAUGUCCAUGGAGACCCGUCUAGCGACAUUGGUAGAAAACAAGACCCUGCCUCGGAUCAGUCCCCUCUCGGUUCUGCCUCCACGUUCUGAGCGGCGGAGAGUGCAGGCAAUAUUCUCACAUGCAGCAGGGGAGAACACCACCCUGCUCAACUUCCAAGAGGGAGACAUCAUCCUUUUACUGGUGACCGAAGCACGGGAUGGCUGGCAUUAUGGGGAAAAUGAGACAACCAAACUAAAAGGCUGGUUUCCUUUCUCCUACACACGACCAUUCCCCCCAGCCGAAGGAGCUGACAAUAAAACACUCGGCAGUGGCUUCCCACUUAGCAAGAUGAACAGCAGCAGUACAGGAAAUUUGGACCGUGCUGGGUCUCCAACAGCUGGCCCUGAUGGUGGGGAUGGCCCACACUAUGGGCUUUCAUUUCGAGCCAGUGCAUCCCGCCAACGCCCUUACAGCAUGCUAAACCCUGAUCUGUCACAGCUAGCAAAUGAGUUUGGGAGUCCAUCCAGCUCUCCUUCAAGGACCAACCCGUUUGCUCACAUCAAGCUGAAACGCACAGUGACCAAUGACCGCUCAGCCCCACUCAUCCAGUGAGAGGUGCAGCGAUUGGUGAAGAUACACCACUGCCCCAAUGUCAAUCUCUAGCCCCCAUUGUGUGGCCUUUCCCACCUAACCAAGUGUUUCCAGCUGUGAGUUGGCAGUGCUGGCCAAGCUAAGGCAGGCCUGUCCCCAUCUUCUUUCAUGGCCAGGGAGAGGUCUCUUGCAGCUCCCCAGGAUUGGACCCUGUGAUGACAUAGCAUGCAACAGAGAAGCCGUGUGGUUUUGUUUUCUGGUAACAGUCCCUGCAAGAGAUGAAGGCUAAAGAUAGAAGGAUGGGGUGCAGGGAGCAGGAUAGAAGAGGGAUCUAGGAUGCCGGUGACGGAAGCAGAAGUGUAAGUUGGAUGAGCAGAGGCAGAAGAAGGAUGGAGGAUGUAGGACUGGAGGAUGGGCAGAAGGAAGAGAAAACAAAGAUGGACAGAAGCCAUUCUGGUGCUUUUCACAUUGCAAAAUAUCUGUUCUGAAGGCACAUAAUUGGUUCUAGGUAUAUUGAUAAUAUUCAGGUGCCUUAGUGCUAAAGUUGUACUGACUUACUAUGUCUGAAAAACAUCACAUCUUUUCAGCAGUAUGUAUUCACAACAAGAACAGAGUAUAAAUGAGAAAUGUUUAAAUCUAAUUAGAUUCCCUGCAUUUUAAAUGCCUCUGAUUUCAACAGGACUCCUAGUUUGGGUUCAGCAGGCUUGUUUGAUGACUGCAACAAUCACAUGAUAACCCUGGAACUGUGUAACAUUUCAUCAUGUGAUAGAAUAAUAAUCAUGGAUGGGCCACAAAUUAAGGGCUGAGAACAGCAAGUCACCCAGUUUUAUCUGAACUGUCUCAGAAUGUAGGACAGUGGAGAUGAUGAGAUUGAAGCCCAGGAAAGAAAGAAUGGUUUGGGAAAGAAUGGAGAUCAUUGUAACGAUGAUUUGAGAAUUCUAGAAAAGGUGAAACUGAGGCUGUUUCACACAUGCAGUGUUCAUCACUUUGGUAGUUCAUUGCUCGCUUGCCCAACGAUUUGCAGAUCUAAUUCACUUCAUUUGGCAAACGGCUACAAAUUGGUUCAAGUAAGCAACAUUUGAACAGAUAUGAACAUUUUACUGUGAUAUUAAGUAGCUGUUGGUCUGUUAAUACUGUAAACUGAAGCCCUCAUCUUGCAGCUUUUAAGUGACAAGCAUUAUGGAGCAGCCCUUGAUGACUAGGGACUGAAUAUGUGAACAGCCUCCACUGAGAAGCAGAUGUUUGCAGGUUGCAUGAAAACGGUAUUUGAGCAGAAAUAGCUAUUACAGAUAGGCAUGCCAUUAGUUUCACUGAGUAAUGGCAUCCAUGUACAGUAGCCACUGGACUGUAGCUGUGAAUUCCAAUGGGACAUCUCUGGAUGUAUAGUGGUUCUUAACCCAUUGUCUAUGGACUGCUGGAUAGUCCAUGAACACUGCUGAAUUAGUCCACACAGAUAGUGAGCUUUCAGUCUUCUUUGAAUAGAAACAUUAUACAUUUUCAUAGAAAAACAUCAGUUUCACGUACAUACUUUCACAAAACACAGGCCACAAAUUUUCCUCCCAGUUUCACUUUGCAAUGUCUGUUGAUGUGUAGUGUCAUGUAUUUAACCAUAACCUUACACUAGGAUACAUGGUGGUAUGGAAGAAAUUUAGCCAUGGUCUUCAAGUAGCAUAGUAGGUUGUAGACAGAUGAACCAGGGGGCAGGACUCCUGAGUCUUUCGGGGCGGGGGGUUAUUAAGUUAAAGUAAGGCAGUUAAUGGACUUGAAGAUAAUUGCUUUGCUAAAUUUUAGUGCUUCAAAUGUGUAACAAAAAGUACCGCAACAGUAUUUUUGUCUUGGAAAUCAAAAUGCGGGCAUUUUGAUCCAAAGCACAAAACUGACUACUUUUAGAUAAUGCGCCCUGCAAGACCCCAUUGUGGCUUGAUAAGCCCGAUUUCAUAGAAUCAGAGAAUUGAUUUAUGCAAUCAGAAUCAAUGAACUGGCUUCAGCUUGGAUUCAUCUGCAUGAUCAUGAGGUGAAUGGAGUGCAAAGGAGAAGAAGCUUCUUUGAGAGAUGCAGGCUUCAUAACUUAUUGCCUGGGGGAAUUAUGAGAAUUGUAGUCCAAAAAAGGUAGCUUUUCCAAGCUCUGGGACUUGUCUGUGCAGGUUAAUAAGGCCAUCAUGGCAGCUUUGUGAAGAUGUUUCCACACAAGGUUUUUAUUCAGAGCUAACCAAACUAUUUUGCUCUCUGAAGGUAAAAUGAUUAUCAUAAGCAUCCAAAGCCCUUUGUUUAUUUUUCUCUGUAGAUGUGUGUGCUCCAGGUAUGAGCAGUGCUCAGAUAUUUGAGAGAGGAAUUGCAUCACUCCAGUUCCCACUUAUGGCCUUAAAAGCAUAGCAUGCAGAUAUUGUCGCUCUUCCACCUUCAUUUCUUACAUAAUCUUUGAUGACACAAGAGUGACACAGACAGCCCCACUAGACACUAGAGUGUGAUUGCCCUAUGUAAUUUAUCUUAAAAGAUGGGACUGUGUGCCUUAUUAACAAGUAUUUAAUUUUAUCAUACUUAUAGCACAAUCCUAUACAUAUCUACUCAGAAGCAAGUCUUACUGAGUAGAUAUAGGAGUGCAGCCUUAGGGGCAUACUUGAAGAUGUAAGCUGAAACUCUGUGUGACACAACUUUACACCGUGUAUUUAGCACAUAGAGCUGUGCUAACAUGGUUCUUGCCAGUAAACGUUAUCUUUGCAUUUUGUGCCCUCUGCUAGGAGAAAAUUACUCCCCCCCCACAACCCAUCACAUAUUUUGUGUAUGCAUGUGUUUCUUGUCCAUCCAUACUACAGUUGAAACCAUGCUGAAAUGAUUUUGCAUUUGGCAUAUUUUUACUUGAAAAGACAGAAGUGGUAAUUCAGUUUGCCAGAUUUCAUAGAUGAAAGAUCAGUUUUCAAAGUGCAGUUUCAAGUUGGGAUGUUGGGAAAGUUCUGGUGUUAGGGAUGUUCUGAUUUGAAGACAUGGAGGUGGUGGCAUUUGGUUUGCAGGUGCACAGCUAAUUCUAACACAGCAAAACAAAACCAGAACGCGCGAAAGUGAAUUGUAAAGACUGAUGAAGUUCCUUUUCAGGUUGUGCUUACAGCCCCCCCGCUUUUCUUCUGUCCAAACAUUUGUGUAGGCACAAGUGGGUGAAAGCAGACAAAAACCAGUUACCAAAUAGCAAUUUAACACAGUGUGCAUGUAAAUGCUUCAGGGCUGCAGAGUUCUCUUAAACGGUGAUCACCCUUGGAUCAGAUCAGAAAAUGAAGGGACUACUAGAAUAGUAACAUUCUCCUGACUUCUUGUUUGGGAUAGUAAUCCAUAGACAGUUUACCAAGCUACUACAGUGGACCCUUGACUUACGGAAUUAAUCCGUAUUGGAAGGGUGGCUGCAGGUUGAAAAGG